GGUUCCCGUUGCUCAACAUUCAUUGGUCGAAAGGAAAAUAUGGCGGCGUUCGGUAGUGGCGAAAAUAAGACUGGGAAAACUUAAAUUAAAAACGUAAAACUUAAAAGGAGGUGACUGUGGCAUGCAACAGCCAUUGUUUCGUGGCUUGUAGUAUCCUACACGGCGGAAGAAGAUACGUAUCCUCGAGGUUCACUUUGCAUUCGCUCCGUCUGCUUGCUAACAAACCUGCUAGCUUAAGCCCAUCUAGUUGAAAGGCCCUCAUCUGUCAACUGUUACCGAUUGAGCCGACAGCAUGCCUGCCUUCCGGCAGGUGGGAGAGAAGCAGCUCCCUAACCCUGUGCUGUGUAUGGCAUGGUCUCCUAAGAGGGAUCUGAUAGCUCUGGCCAACACAACUGGAGAGUUGCUACUGCAUCGUUUGGCUAGUUUCCAGCGUGUUUGGAGCCUACCACCCAGUGAAUACACUGGGAAGGAGAUCACUGCGCUUGCCUGGAGACCAGAUGGCAAAAUAUUGGCCUUCAGCCUCAGAGACACCAAGCAGGUGGUCCUGUGUGGUGUUGAAAAAGCAGAAAUCCUUCACGUGUUUCCGAUGCAGAGUCCUGUAACUUGUAUGCACUGGAUGGAGGUGAUGGAGGAGAGCAGCGCCCUCAGCUCCUUUUACAACUCAGAAGAUGAAUCCAAACUUUUUCUUCCCAAGCUGCCAACACUCCCUAAGAGCUAUAGCACAACUUCAAAGAUUUUCAGUGAGGAAAAGUCUGACGAGAUACUGAAUCUCCUAGGAGAAGUUAGGCUGAACAUACUUGUCCUUGGAGGAGACACCGGCUUUGUGGAUCUUUAUGCCUAUGGGAUGUACAAGAUUGCCAGUCUAGGAGGGGUUUCAGGAACGUGUAGCAGCCUGAGUCUCUCCAGUGAUCUCAAAUCUUUGUCCGUCAUCACAAAACUCAGGUCUACUGACAACAACACAGAGAUCUGCUACGUUCAGCUGGACACAGGGUUGUUGUCAGGCUGUCUGCCUGAAGUCACCAGGAUGGCACGCAAGUUCACCCAUAUCUCCACGCUGCUGCAGUACCUACACCUCUCACUUACCUGUAUGUGUGAAGCCUGGGAGGACAUCCUCAUGCAGAUGGAUCUUCGACUCACUAAGUUUGUUCAGGAAAAAAACACAAGCACACAAGUUCAAGAUGAGUUUCUGGAGCUUCUGCUGUGGGGACAAUCUAGCCCUGAACUACAGGCUCUUCUCAUGAACCAGCUGACAGUCAAGGGCCUGAAGAAGCUUGGUCAGUCCAUUGAGUCUUCUUACUCCAGCAUCCAGAAACUUGUGAUCAGUCACCUGCAGAGUGGCUCCGAGGCUCUCUUAUAUCACCUCAGUGAGGUGAAAGGAAUGUCGCUAUGGAAGCAGAAGUUCGAGCCCCUCGGUUUGGACUCAGCAGCAAUAGAAGGUGCUAUCACAGCUGUGGGCUCCUUUUCUCUAAAAGCCAAUGAAUUACUGCAGGUGAUUGACAAGAGUAUGAAAAACUUUAAAGCCUUCUUUCGGUGGCUGUAUGUAGCUAUGCUAAGAAUGUGCGAGGAGCAUGUUCCACCAGAACUCAACAAAAUGACUCAGAAGGACAUUGCCUUUGUCGCCGACUUCUUGUCUGAACAUUUUAGUGAGAAUGAGGAACUCUUUGAUCGUAAAGGGAAGUACUUCAACGUAGAACGAGUUGGUCAGUACCUGAAGGACGAGGAUGAGGACCUUGUGUCCCCGCCCAACACUAAGGGAAACCAGUGGCUGAAGUUUUUACAGGAGAGCACUCACCUGAAAGAAAGCCCUCUGCUGUUUCCUUCAUAUCCCAAAAAGUCUUUGCACUUCGUCAAGAGGAUGAUGGAGAAUGUGAUUGAGCACUGUCUACAGAAACCUGCAGAGGUGAUUGGGAAAUCAGUAAAGCAGGCUGUCUUUUUGCCCCUGUACACUGUGCCAGAGAGCUCAGAAAACGCUCCACGACUUUUUGAACUUCCAUCUUUGUGGAAUGACAAAAAGGCCAAAAUGCAUUAUGUUUUGUUCUGCAUGCCAGAGAUUUCACCUUCCAAGCUCUACCUAUUACGGAAAGGAACAGACCCAAACAGACAUAUCCCAAACAGUGUCAUGUCGAUUGACCUCAGCCACCACCUUGACAAUGCAGACGAUGACAACGCCACAGCACAGUCUCAUUGUGUUUACAGCUGCCUGGAUGCUCGUUUCUAUGACGAUGAAAUGUUAACUGUGGUCUUGCAAGGAUCAGAAGAACAGAACAGUAGGCGUGUCCUGGCUCAGAUCCCUCUUGCUUCCAGCUUAAGCUGUGAGACUGAAUUCAACUGGGAGCCGAACCAGAGGUUGGACCAGCAGAGCAGUAGCAUCCCGUGCCAAGGUCUGGUGUUGGGGAAUCAGUGGCGAGAACUGGAAAACAUGAAGGCUCAGUUCGUAGCUGUCAACGGAAUCCGCAAAGUGGCCUGCGUGCUGAGUGCCAAUCUGAGACACAUACGUGUCUUUGAGAUGGACGUGGAAGAUGAGGACGACGAGGGAGCUGACUCUCAAAACGCCAGUGCUGACCAGGAUGUGUUGGACGCUACCAUGGUCAGUCAGGGGCAGGAAGAGGAGACCAAAGGUGAAGCAGGAGAGCAAAGUGGAGACGCGUUUCGAAAAACCGAGGAGAAUCUGCAGUCGGAGGAAGCCCUGGAACUGUCCUGAGACUGAGACACAGAAACAAGCUCACCACAACAGAAAACAGACUCAAUUACUUCUUUGUUACAAAGGCUCAUUCAUCAUUAUGGAAAGAAUACAGCGGUUGGUGUAUGAAAAUAAACAUGUUUGUGCUAACACUUC